CUUCUUCUCCCUCCUUUAGUCCUUUCAGUCCCUCAUUCUUUCAACGUUCGUUCUCCUUUCUUAUCUCUACUUGACUGCAUUCUCCUUUUCUACAAUCUCGUGUCCCCCUCUUCCACCCAUUCUAUAAACCCAUUUCUUCUGGCUCGAGGCCCUGAGGGUGCGCCAUUGUCGCUUUCCCCCUUCCCGUCCGUCCGUCGUGUCCUUUGCGCCGUUCAUCAUGUCGAAAAUGUGGGAGGUCGACCCGGAGACCAAGGCCAAGCUCCAGCAAUACUCCAAAACCAAUAACAACGACCGAUGUUGCGACUGCGGCGCCCCCUCGCCCCAAUGGGCCUCCCCGAAAUUCGGAACCUUCAUCUGCCUCAACUGCGCCGGCACGCACCGCGGCCUAGGCGUACACAUCUCCUUCGUCCGCUCCAUCACAAUGGACGCCUUUAAAACCGGUGAAAUCGCCCGCAUGGAACACGGCGGCAACGAGCCCUGGAAGACCUUCUUCGACAACCACCCCGUCACCCUCUCCGAAGGCCGCACCUUCGAAGACUCCACCAUCAAGGAACGCUACGACGGCGAAGUCGGCGAGGAAUGGAAGGAGAGACUCGCCGCCAAGGCCGAGGGGAGAGAAUACGUCCCGGGACAGCGACCGCCGAAGAAGGACCCCCAACAGCAGCAGCCAUCGUCGCGGUCCAGCACGCCGCUCAUGCGCGCUGGCUCCGGGCGCGGCUCGCCCGCCUCGCAGGAGGGCCUUGGACGCAGUGAUAGCCGGAAGGAGCGCAAUGAGGCUUACUUUGCGCGUCUGGGCGACGCCAAUAACACGCGGUCGGCUUCGUUGCCGCCGUCGCAGGGCGGGAAGUUCACGGGCUUUGGAGGCGGGUUGCCGGCGGAGCCGGCUCCGGUUCGUCAGGCGCCGGGGGGGAAUAUCCCUGGGCUUGAUGACUUCCAGAAGGAUCCGGUGGCGUCGUUGACGAAGGGCUUUGGUUGGUUUACGACUGCUGUCGGGAAGAGUGCUAAGAAUUUGAACGAUUCUUAUCUACAGCCGACAGCGAAGACGAUAGCAGAAUCCGAAUUUGCCGCCCAAGCCCGCCUCCACGCCAGCACCGUCGGCCAAAAUCUCCAAACCGGCGCCCGCGGCGCAGCAGACCAAUUCCAGCGCUUCGUCGAAGGGCCCGAUCAGCACGGGCCCGGCGGCCGCCAGUCGCGAGCGGGCGACCCGGACCACAAAGACUUCUGGGACGACUUCUCCUCGCUAGGCGAGCAGCACCAGCACCAGCAACAACAGCGGAAUAACAGCCACCGGCGCGCGACGUCCCGGUCCAACGCUAUCGGCACGGCGGCUAUGAAACCAGCGACGUCGCCUGCUUCUUCUGUUGUGGCGGAUGAGCCGGGGACGGGGGUGGGACGGACAUCGGCACCUACUUCUGGUGCUGGUGGUGAGGGUAAAGGACCAUCUGGUGGUCCUGCGACUGGGGGAAAGGGACCUGAACAUAAGGACGGGUGGGAUGAUGAGUGGUGAUUGGUGAUUGUUGAUUUUGAUCUUUUGCUAUAUGAAAUGAUAGAUGAGCCUGCUGAUUGGCCAUGGCUCUUGAUUUGAUUGAUUGAUUGAUGCGAUGUAUGUAUGGGUGUUGUUUUUUCGUCUUUGUCUUCCUUUUAAAGCCAUAUAUAUCAUAUUAUACAUAGCUCUGGUUUUGCGAUUUUGGUUUGUUGUUAAC